CUCAACUUCAAUCGCUAAACGGAAAUCCGAGAAUACCUGACCUGCCUUAACGACCUUACCGACCUUACCGACCUGCCGACCUACCAUUUUAAUCCACCCUUUAAAUCCUGAGGGAUACGUAACGGAUGAUUUACUGAAGAUUAAGCGCCCUAGUUCAGCCGUAUUCACCAUAAAGUCUUGCCAAGAUUACAUUUACUGUCGCUUAAUAAAAUUUCUCGGGCGCCUCUUCGUCUCUCGUCAUCGAAGCCCAGAACCCGCGCCUUGUAUUACGACAAGGCUAUUUAACUCUCCUUUCCCCUACCUUCACCACGACUUCCAACGCCACUCCCCCCACAGACAACCCUCGCAAACAACCAACGACUUUGGACCUUUUAAGCGAGACUUGUACUGCUGGGGGUAUAUUGUUUGACCCUAGUUAUACCUCUCUAUCUCGUCCGACUCAUACCAAGAUGGACGCAAAGAGGCAUCCGAGCUCCUUCCAGCAGCUUGAGAAGCUAGGAGAGGGUACCUAUGCUACGGUCUUCAAGGGACGAAACCGCCAGACAGGCGAACUUGUCGCCCUCAAGGAGAUCCACCUUGACUCUGAAGAAGGCACUCCGUCAACUGCGAUCCGAGAGAUUUCGCUCAUGAAAGAAUUGAAACAUGAGAAUAUUGUAGCGCUCUACGAUGUAAUUCAUACCGAGAAUAAGCUUAUGCUUGUAUUUGAAUAUCUGGACGGAGAUCUUAAGAAGUACAUGGAUUCGCACGGCGAUAGGGGCGCCUUGAAGCCUAUGACUAUUAAAUCCUUCAUGUUUCAGUUACUGAAGGGCAUUGACUUUUGCCACAAGAACAGAGUUCUCCACCGAGAUCUGAAGCCGCAAAACUUGCUUAUCAACAAGAAGGGCCAGCUCAAGCUUGGGGAUUUUGGAUUAGCGCGAGCAUUUGGUAUUCCUGUCAAUACCUUCUCAAACGAAGUUGUCACACUAUGGUACCGGGCUCCGGACGUCUUGCUAGGUAGUCGAACCUACAACACCAGUAUCGAUAUAUGGUCGGCAGGUUGUAUUAUGGCCGAAAUGUACACCGGUCGGCCGCUAUUCCCCGGUACGACAAAUGAGGACCAAAUCAUACGUAUCUUCCGCAUAAUGGGCACGCCUACGGAAAGGACUUGGCCUGGCAUUACACAGUUCCCCGAGUACAAGCCGAACAUCCAAAUGUAUGCCACGCAGGAUCUUAGAGCUAUAUUGCCUCAGAUUGACCAGCUCGGAAUCGAUCUCUUGCAACGGAUGUUAGUUCUGCGCCCGGAGCACCGCAUUAGCGCACACGACGCAUUACAGCACCCUUGGUUUUCCGACUUGGCCAUGCAACACCAAAUGCAGCAACAGCAGGCAAUGCAAGCCCAAGCCCAGGCCCAAGCCCAAGCCCGAGGCUUUGCGGCUCCAGCCGUGCCCUCGCAAGGCGUUUAUGAUCAGGGAUAUUAGUAUUAUGGUUGACACUAGGCUACAGCUUGGGCUAGCGAUUUGUGUCUCAAAGUCUUAGAUACACUUAGCACGGAUAUGGUUUAUCAAAGAGCGAGUUGGGUUUAUGCUUCAUCGUCUUGCGGUUAUAGAAUAGCCACGACGAAGGUGAGGAGCGGUUAGUAGCCGAAUUAGCAGGUAGCGAACUUAGUGUCCUGAUGCAGCACGGAAGGGUUACGGGUAGGCAGGCGUUUGGGCACUGAAGGUCAUAACGCUCAUAGGUAACGACUGCAUUUGUAGGGAUUGGGAGAAAGAUCCAUUACUAUUAAUAAGCACUGAAAAGGAUAUACCCAAUGAUUCAAGCCUUCCAUCUACUGUUGUACACUUAAAACUAAUACUGUACCUAUGUAUGUGAAUCACGGACACGGGACUUACGAGUCACAUCUAUAAGAAAUCUAAUCAGAUUCUAGAGAGAAGGUGGUGCUGACUGUAUUGUGCGACAAUAGGGGGUUUGGAG